AAGGAUAUGUUGAUUGGAGGAACAGACCAGCCAUAAAAGGACAUCAUGGUGGCAUGCUUGCCGCUUCCUUUGUUUUGGCUGUGGAGGUAUUGGAGAACCUAGCAUACCUUGCCAAUGCAAGCAACCUUGUUUUAUAUCUAUCCAAGUUUAUGCACUUUUCACCGUCCACUUCUUCCAACAUUGUCACCAACUUCAUGGGAACAGCCUUCCUCCUUGCUAUUCUGGGUGGAUUUCUGGCAGAUGCCUUUAUCACUACUUAUUCCAUCUUUCUCAUGAGUGCUGCAAUAGAGUUCAUAGGUCUAUUACUGCUCACAAUACAAGCUCACAUGCCAUCACUCAAACUGCCAAACUGUGUUCUGGGAAACACCAAAAGUCUAUGCCAGAAAGCUCAUGGUGGGGACACAAUUAUGCUAUUUGCAGGCCUCUAUCUGGUGGCACUGGGAGUAGGGGGUAUAAAAGGUUCUCUUCCUCCUCAUGGAGCUGAGCAAUUUGAUGAAACUACCCAAGAGGGUAGGAAGCAAAGGUCUUCAUUUUUCAAUUAUUUCAUCUUCAGCCUAUCAUGUGGAGCAUUAAUUGCAGUAACUUUUGUGGUAUGGAUUGAAGACAACAAGGGAUGGCAGUGGGGUUUAGGAGUCUCAACUGCAUCAAUACUGCUCUCUAUUCCAGUUUUUCUUCUUGGUUCACGCACAUACAGGACCAAGGUUCCAGCAGGAAGCCCCAUCACACCUAUGUUAAAGGUUUUGGUUGCAGCAAUUAGCAACAACUGCAAAGCUGGGAAUUCAAAAAAUGCUAUCAUAAGCAUGGCCACAAGUUCAUCCUAUAAAAUUGAGAGGGAAAGUAACACUAGAAAAGAGGUGCUAGGCCAAAACCAAACUCUAACAGAAAGCCUUAAAUUCCUUAACAAGGCAGUAAUGGAACCAGUUCACCCAAUGUUAGAAUGUACAGUAAAGGAAGUAGAAGAGGUCAAGAUUGUGUUAAGGAUUCUUCCCAUAUUUAUGUCCACCAUAAUGUUAAACUGUUGCCUAGCUCAGCUAUCUACUUUCUCAGUCCAACAAUCAGCCACUAUGGACACCAUGCUUGGUUCCUUCAAGGUCCCACCAGCUUCUCUACCAGUAUUUCCUGUCCUCUUCAUCAUGAUCCUUGCCCCAGUUUAUAACCAUAUCAUUGUUCCAUUUGCUAGAAAAGUAACCAAAACUGAGAUGGGUAUUACACAUUUACAAAGAAUAGGGACAGGGCUAUUUCUCUCCAUUGUGGCAAUGGCUGUGGCAGCUUUGGUAGAAACCAAGAGAAAGAAAACAGCUUCUAAGUUUGGUUUGUUGGACUCAGCCAAACCUCUUCCCAUAACAAUUCUUUGGGUGGCCCUACAAUACGUAUUCCUUGGUUCAGCUGAUCUUUUCACUUUGGCUGGCAUGAUGGAGUUCUUCUUCACUGAGGCACCAUGGAGCAUGAGGUCUUUGGCCACAGCACUUUCAUGGGCCUCACUUGCCAUGGGAUACUUCCUUAGCACAGUUCUUGUGUCCGUCAUCAAUAAGGUGACAGGAACUUUUGGACACACACCAUGGCUCUUGGGUACCAACUUGAAUCAUUAUCACCUUGAGAGGUUUUACUGGUUGAUGUGUGUGCUUAGUGGACUCAACUUCAUUCAUUUUCUCUUCUGGGCCAGUUCCUACAAAUAUAGAUGCUCAACAAGGAUUGGAUACUAGAAC